AUGAUCCGGUCUACGAGGAUAUUCAUCUUCCUCGGCCUCGCCUGUUUCCUCUUUACCCUCCACCUGUUCUACUCUGAGCACCAUCGCCAGCAGCCAACACAGCGUAGCUUCACCGACGAUGUCGAGCCGGUCAACUACAUCGGUGGAGGACGUGCCACUGCCGCUGCGGCUGCCGCCCGUGCCGCCGAGGAGCCCGCGUCGCUGUAUGACAACCUCGAGCUCGAGCAGGAGUACUUCACGACCGACUCGCGCAGCCAACCGCAACAUCCCCUGAAGUCGCCAAACCAGGACUUCCACUACGAGGGCGUCUCGAUCGACGAGAAGGGACUGAUGGCGUUCGACCCCGCGCUGCAUGACAAGCACCCGGUCGAGCUCCUGAUUGAGCGCGGUCGCGCGCAAGCCAAGGCGAUCGACGAGCGCAUCGCGAGCGUCAAGACCCUCGAGGACGCUGUCGCCGACUACGAGAAGGCCUGGGGCAUGAAGCCGCCAAAGGGCUUUGACAACUGGUUCAAGUUUACCCAGGAGACCGGCAGUGUCUCCGUCCCGUCCAUGUUCCCCCUCGCGCACCGUCCGUUUCAGCAGUUCCUCUCACUCACACCCAAGGAGAUCAAGGACCGCAUCGAGGUCGGCGCCAACAAGAAGGGUCCCCUCUGGACGUUUACGUUCGUGCCGGACGGACAGGGCGACGAAGGCACGCAGACCGACGAGGACGGCACCUGGGAACCGGAGGACUGGCACACGCGUGGCCGUGGACGCGUCAAGCCCAGCAACACGCUCACUCUGAUCCUGCCUAUCCUGGCCAAGCUCCCCGAGGAGUUCUUCACGCAGGACCCGCCAGUGACUAUGCUGUUCAACAACGAGGACGGCCCCGCCGGACGCAUUCACCAGAAGGUCCAGGAACGCGGCGAGACGCUCGGUCGUGCCGGCAAGCACUGGCCUGAGACGCAGCUCAAGGCGGCCGAGCAGGCCAUGCGGUGGACGGCGGGCUGGCACUGGACGUGUCCUGACGGCUCCCCUCUGCGCGAAUCUGCCGCCGACAAGGUGCUGAACGACGAGGGCGGAUCCGACUCAUCGAGCCAGCUGAAGACGUUUGUCGCCGACUUUUACAAGUCAACCGACAUCUGCUACAACCCCGAGAUCCGUGAACUGCACGCCAGUGCCAUCGCCGACUACCGCAUGCCGGCGAACCCGCUCGUGCCGCAGAUUAGUGUCUGCCGCAUGAUGCGGAACAAUGACAUUGUCGGCGUCCCGCUCGACGCCGUGUACCAGAACCCGCCGUUCGUUCCCUGGGCCCAGAAGUCGAACGACAAGGUGCUCUGGCGCGGCUCGCCAACGGGUAUCUUCCACAACAAGCAGAUGCCGUGGCGGCAGGCGCAGCGUGAGCGCCUCCACUUCCUGGCGAACAACAAGAGCGACGCGGCCGUGCCCGUGCUCGUGUCCGGCCUCGAGGGCUUGCGCGUGAAGGAGUUCCCCGUGAACCAGAUGAACGAGGCGUGGUUCGACAUUGGUCUCUUUGGCGGCCCCGCCCAGUGCUCGCACGAAGACGGGAGCUGCGCGGAGAUGGACGCCGAGUUCGAGUGGCGCCCAAGUGUGCGCGGCAACCAAGCGCUCGAGUACAAGUACGUCGUGGACGUGGACGGCAAUGGGUGGAGCAGUCGUUUCCGGCGCCUGCUGAAGAGCAACCACGUCGUGCUGAAGAGCACGCUGUUCCCCGAAUGGUUCAACGACCUCCUCGUCCCGUGGUACCACUAUGUGCCGAUCCGCUUCGACUAUGGGGACCUCUACGACGUCAUGGCGUUCUUCAAGGGCGCGCCCGAUGGGAGCACGAAGGGGAGGGAUGACUUGGCUGAGGAGAUUGCGAAGAAUGCGCACACGUUCGUCGACUCGCACUGGCGCGUGCCGGACAUGGAGAGCUUCAUGAUGCUGGUUAUGUUGGAGUACUGGCGUCUCGUGUCGGAUGACAGGAAGGCCAUGUCGUACCCGUAA